AUGGCUGGCAUGGAUAAGUCCUACUUCCUCGAUGGCAAGCCCUCCACUGGCACGGAGGUGAACCAGGCCAGUCAUGCUGGAACGGAGCUCCUGCAGAUGCUGCCCAGCACCACUUGUGUCCGAGUAUUUGUGGCGGGAGCUGUGACCCACGUGGGCAAGACCUCGGUGUGCCUGGGCCUUCUGGCUGCUCUUCGGAAGGCUGGGCUGACAGCUCAGGAGUUGGCUUACAUCAAGCCGGCGACGCAGUGCGAAGCACCGGAUUUGCUAAGCAAAUGGUGUGCGAAAGAAGGCAUCGAGUAUGUCGCUGGAGAAGAAGCGCCCCUGGUGUUUUACUCGGGGUUUACGCGCUCUUUCCUAGCCGGCGAGCAGGGCACCAGCGCCCAGUGGCUGCAGAAGAUUGAGGAGAGGAUACAGAAGCUAUCUGAUGGCAAGCGAGUUGUCAUUGUCGACGGAGUUGGCUUUCCCGCUGUUGGGUCCAUUGUGGGCGUUGACAACGCGGAUGUGGCUCGUGCAUCCAGAGCACCGGUUUUACUCGUCUGCAAGUCUGGCGUCGGCUCUGCCGUGGACAGCUUUAGCUUGAACUCCUCGUAUUUCUUGGCGAAGAGCGUGCCAGUGCUCGGCGCUGUUUUCAAUCUUGGCGAGAUCGAGGGUUUCUAUUCCUCGGACAAGUGCAGAGAAAGCAUACAGGCGUGGUUCGCAAUGCAGGGAGGGCGUCGAGAGCGCUUCUACGGCGUCGUGCCCAAGCUGCCCGAGUUGGACGGUUUGCGCGAGCGAAUCAAGGACACGGGCGAGGAUGAUCUGGAUGCAUUGGCUGAUAUGAACGCAGUGCACUUCGCUCAGCACGUGGACAUCGCAGCAAUCUUUGCCGAUGCAGCUGCGGAUCCUUGGUGUCGUGGUGUGCGAACCAAUCCACAACCGGCUCCAACGGUCAAGGUCAGUACGUUUCAACCGCUGUCUCGGGAUGCCGUGUCAGCUACAGCAAAGAAAGCGGGUGCCAAGGGACAGCUUCCCGCUCUUCGGUGGAGCUUGACUGAUCAGCCGAGUCGUAGCAGCGCCUCUCCUGAGCCGUGUUCGCUCGGGAAAACAGACGAUGGAUUGGCUCCCUUGGCGUGGCACCGUGAUGUCAACUCCCACAAUGUCCUCAUCUGCAAUGAGACGUCGGAGGACGUUUUGUCUCUGGCAUCUUUCCCUCUUGCAACUUCCAACUGCUUGCAGGACGGCAUGUUAAGCUUGGAUGACGGCGAGGAGAAAGCCUCCUUCUGGCUCUGUGAUCUGGGACUUGCCGUCGACUCGCAGAGCUGGAUCGGAGAGGAGAAUCUCUGGCGGGUGACGGACAUCGGUGGGGAUUGCAGAUACUGGCCAGCCUCCUGUUGGAUGGUCCACUGCUUUGGGGCAGACUACUUGGAGGAAAGGCCUAACUUCUGCAGACAGUACAAAAGCAGGCUGGAUAUCCAUGCGCUUGGUAUCACAGCCAUAGAAGUCCUGUGCACAAAGCCCCUGGCACUCCGUACAGCCGGUGCUCCUGCCGGCGACGUUCCCAGCUGCUGGUCGAGCCUUUUGGAUGCAUGGAAGCAGUAUCACGAUACUGUAAGCGACUGGUGGCAGGCCAUCUACAGCGUGUUUAGCGCGGGUGGCGAUUUCCGUCCAGUUCAUGCUUGGCUGGUGGAGAUCGCUGCGCCCGACAAGGUUGUCUCUCUGGUCGGCAACAUGCGACAAGCUCUUUACGAGUGCGCAGAUUGCAGCGACGAGGCCGUCGCACAGCUUCUCCGCGCAGUGGCGGCUGCAGCCGAUGAGGAUUCCCAGCUCGAACUUCUGGACAUUUGCAAGCUGGCCGGACAAGCGCCUGAAACUGGUCCAGGCGCAGCUCUGUCGACGGAGGCAAAGCAAGACCCUUCGUCUACAGCAGCAGCGGACGUUGCUGCUGGCACACAGGAUUCGGCUACAUCUCAAGAAGAGAGUCGUGGCAAAGCGACCAGGCACGCUUCUAACGGCUGUGGACAAGGCCCAUCCAUGUCACGUUCGCAGCCAGGACCGAUGAGCGUGAGCCUCCCAGUCGCUUUCACAGAGUUGAGGGGCUUGUGGAGAGGUUCAUGUUACUAG